GAACCAAAAUGUCGACUCGAUCGCGAAGUGCGAAAAUUCGGCAUAGUUAUCGGCUGUAUACUCACUGAAUACGUUGGUUUUAAUCGAAUAAUUGCAUGGAUAUGCAUUAAAAUAUAAUAAUCUCACAUACAAUUAGUAUAUGUAAGGUUUUUUAAACCGCUGCUGGUGAUCUUUUACUGAAUACGCUGUACAUAAUUUCCUCAUUAAAACGAAAGUUGAGGUGGAUGUAUAUAUUUGUAAGGAUAAAAAGUUGCUUUAAUGAGACUCACAAUUAAAGGUCAAGGUCACUCUUGGAGUCAAAGGUACGAACAACAAGUUAAAUAACGGAUUUUAUUGGAAGUAACGUCCUCGUAGUUCAUAAAUAUAAAAAAUGGCAUCGUCAGGAAAUGUGUUGAUCGUUGAGGACGACGAUGAUCCUAAACUUCAGCAAACUGCAAAUCUAAUGGAAAAAGCGGAUGAUCCACUCUUUGCAAUAUCAAGGCCAAAUGAACCGCAACAUAUACAAACCGAUGGAGAUUCCAGUACUAAAUUAAUACCGCAACCUAUGUCUACUCCAAUGAACAUUUCUAAACGGUUGCCGCAUUUCGGUGAACAACAGAGAGCAUCCCAUGGAGCAUCUGCUUCGAGAAUAUCCAAAACAGAAGAAAUGUCUGCCGUUGAAGACAGAUGUCAGAAGUUUCAAGGUAACGAUGUGGCGCCUCAACAACGCCAGCGGGCGGGAAAAAAUAAUUUCGUUGAAAAAGAAGUAGACGAAAUUGAGACGAAGAACCGGAAUUUGAUGAAGGAUUGUAAGCCAAAAGAAGAACGCGCGUUUGUGGUAUUACAUAAUGCAAAAGCCAGGUGCUUUAACCAGCACUUUUCGAUUGAACUUCAAUCUACAAUUAGACAAAGAAACGGCCAGUAUCUGCCUGAACAGUCUGUCAUUGAUGAAAAUAUCAAAGUGACUAUCACAGUCAUCGGAAAGCCAGGCCUUAAAGAUUUGCUAGAACAAACCGUGAAUAAGAUUUGGAAGGAAAGAUUUGACUUCGCAAAAGUAUCCACUGAUGCUGAUGAUAAAUGGCUGCUUGUGAAGGGUCUAUCUGGGAAGGAGGGUGUUACUUUCCUGAAGCACUGUGAAGUAACUUUCGAUUGCUUCUUAGAACAGUUUAAAGAGGGCACAGUACACCCACCCACUGGCAAAUCACGGUUAGCAGGUCCAACCACCGAGGAUUCGGAUACUUCAAGUAGCAGCGACGAUGACGUGAGCCCAGGUGCGGAAGCCGAUGUUGAUUAUGAAACCAGACCUAAACGAAUUGUGUCUGCUAGAUCGAUCGGUUCAGACACAUACAUGCAACUGCAGGGAACAUGUGACUACAAAGUUGCGUUGGCUCAUGCACUUCGAAAAUCGCUAGAGUUAGAAAGAUCCAUGAGUGUUGAACGUGAUCAAGCUGAUUAUCAUUCUCUAAUGAUUACAAGCAACUAUUCGCAAAACAUGAAUGGCAUGCAACUAAAUAUAGUGAAAGGAGAAAUCACAACAGAAAAGGCCGAUGCUCUGGUGAAUAUGGUUUCCUCAAAUAUGGAUUUUGGUGAAACUACCGUCUCGAAGGCGUAUAAGAGAGCAGCAGGACAUGCGCUUGAACACAACUAUGCGAUCGGUAGACAGCAGGGUCUAAAUCGAGUUAUCGUCACCCCAGGUGGCAAGCUGAAUUGCAAAGUAGUGAUACACGUCGGUCUUAUUGUUGGGAAAGACAGUUGCAAAAGCUGCUUAAGCAACGUUAUUCCGCAAAUACUACAAGAAUGCGAGAAGAAUGCGUGUAAGUCAAUUGCCUUGAUACCGCUUGGUUUAGGACGAAUGUACAAGUACGAGGCUGGUGACUGCGCGGAGCAAACCUUUUUGUCUCUAAACCAGUAUCACAAUAGUGGAAUUCUGAAGGAGGUAAAGAUUGUUGUUUCGGAUGACGAGACUUUGCACGUAUUUACGACAACAUUAAAAUCCGCCGAACAAAGUGGAACCAGUAGUCGUACAGACAUACCUCGUCCGAAGCUGCUGGGACUUCCAAAACGAAUGGUAUCGGCGAUUGGUUCUCGUUCAUCUAACCCAGCAGAUUCCUCCAAGCCAAUGGCAGAGCAUUUUUACCGCAAGGACGGAAAUUCUGAAACAAAAAGCACCAGAAGACAAGGACCACCUCGUGUAAAAUAUCAGGCAGUGCCUGACGUAAACAUCAGUGUUUUCGCCAAAGAUAAGCCUACAUGCGUUAAAGCACUGAAAGAAAUGGUCCAGAAAAUGAAACAAGAUUUGCUUUUUGAGAAGAAAUUCGAUAGGAUGCAUUCGUUAUCGCAUGAGACUAAGUCAGAGAUUGCGAAAGUCAUAGACGAUCACAAUAUUAUAUCGAUAAAAGAGAAAGAUCAUUUCCUACUGAAGGGGAAACGUGACGAAGUGCUUAGUGCCCACAGUUGCAUUAUGGGGAUUCUACUGAAGAACCCAAGAAUGUCAAACACGAAAAGAAGUGCUGACAAUACUAAAAGAGGAACGACAGAAUUUGCAUGUGUCGUUGCGGGAGAAGAACCUAUGGUCCCAAAUUACUGGAAGCACUACCAAGAGGGUUCAACGCUUUCAAAUAUUAUUUUGACUGUCAAACACACAAUAAAGGGAAAGGACUAUGAAAAGGUCGAUAUCGAACCAACAUCCCACACCUACAGUAGAAUUGUUCGAAUGGUCAACGAAACCACAGAUCCUUCAGUUAUUGGACAGGGAAAAGACGCGACUGGUCUCGAUCCUGGACGAUAUUCUAAACUGUGGGUAACACAGAUACAACGAAUAGAAAAUUUGAGUUUGUUCCGAAAAUACUGUCAUAAACGACUGUCGUUGUUUGAACAGCUAGUGAAACAAAAGAAAGGUGCUUGGCCAAAAGUUGAAAGCUUACCUAAGUCAACAGGGCCAAUAGAACUACAAAAGCUUGCGUCCAAAAAAAUGGCAUCAGAUUUGCAUCCUGAGAUAAACGAAGUGUUGUUGUUUCAUGGUACAAAAGAAGAUACCAUAGAAACCAUAUGUCAGGAUGGCCUAGACUCGAGGCUCGGAAGUGACAAAGCGAUGUUCGGCCCAGGCGUAUAUGGUGCGGAGAAAGCAUUAAAAGCCGAUCAGUAUACAGAUGAUCCAACAUCACGUACAUACGGGAAAGGUAAAUUUAAGAAAAUGUUUCUUAUGCGUAUGCUUCUGGGUCAUUGUUUUGUUUGCGACGAUCAAAAUCCAACCAAAUACAAACGAGCACCGUGCUGUACCUGCUUCAAGGUCGUCUGCAAUCACCUUUCACAGCGUUUUGAUUCGGUAAUGGGCGAUAACCAGAAACUGUUUAGGGAGUUUGUUGUCUACGAUGGUGGUCAAUGUUAUCCGGAGUACUUGAUAACCUACGAACGGCGAUAGACUACUUAAUGGUGACUAAUUGGCACGCUCCAGGUUGUUGUCCAAACGGUUUUAACUCUAUUUCUGGAAAAUAUGUUGAUAUAUCUGAACACCUUAGCGACGUUGUAUUAACUGUUUAGUAAUAACGACGUAAACUGAUAAAAUAUCAGUGCAGUAUUGCGAUACAGCUAUUUACGAUUUAUAUUUUGACGCCCUGUGUUCAACUCCUUAUAAAUAUGCGUUUGGAAGCUUACGUCAAUGUCCCUUGAUUGAAUUAACCAGAAAGGAGGUACAUGUAUAACCAUUUGUCAUAAAACAUCAGUACAUUUACUUUUUUAGGUUGCAAUAUUUCAUGAACAUAUUUCAUGCUGUAUUUUUCUCGACAUAUACCAAAGGGGUAGAAAAUAUUUAACAGCAAGUACGUUCUAAUACAAACAUAUAUCUAAGCUUAUUAAGUUACAGAUAAUCUCUCAUGAUAUAAAAACUGACAAAGCCAUUUCCGAGCGCGGAUCGUAUAUGAAUAUAAGAAUACUGGCUUGUUAUUAUGUUAUUUUAUACAAAUAUUUAUGUUAUUCGAGGAUUAAGACCAUAGUUCAAACAAUUGUAUAUGUUCUUGAUAUUAAUCGUUAUUUAAUGAAAUAUAAAUUAAUUGGAAUGUUUAUUUAUAUUUUUGUUGCAAAUGGUUUAUUCACACUUGAUUCAUACGCUAUAAAUCGACAGAAAUAAACAGAAGCUUAUAUAGUUCAGUAAAUGUAUCCCUGUGUUUGUAUUGUAGUAUUCUAAUUGUAUCCAUGCUUAAGGUUCGAAUUUAUAUUUACGUAAGUAAUUAAUAUAUUUUUAUUUAUAUUUAAGUGUAAUUUCUACGAUGUGCAUGUAUUUUAUAGCUUACAGGAAAUAUAACUGUUUGUGCUUCUUCGCGUUUAUUAAUUGUUGUUGUUUUUUAUCAGUGCUUGCACUGGUUGGACUAAUUUAUUUAUUUAGAGAAUUUUUUUUGUGAUGUUGCGUUUUUACUUCAAAAUGUAUUCAACAAAAUCAUGCUAACUAGUUUUAUGAUUUUUUUAAUAAGAUAAUUAAAUACACAUACGAUCCUAAUUUAUUAUUUACAUUCUAUUCAAUUACGAAAUACGCGUACAGUUUUCAGAAAACACGUAGCAUUUUAUGUUGCUUUUUAAUUUUAUUAUAAUAAAAUUAACUUUCACUACAAAAAUGACAUGUAGAGAAUAUUUUCUAAAAACAAUUUGACAUGUACAAAUUAUGUUAAAAUGUGUCAUAUAAUUACGGUUAACAUUUAAAGGAAUGUAUUAAUUAUGAAAAAGAGCGCGUUUUCUCAGUCUUAAAUAUUUGUUUUACUUUGUAUUGUGUUUGAUUUGCAAUUGUCAUAGUUAUGUCAUUUUUUUCUCAUUCGGGAAGUUUAUGCUAACAAUAAACUCAUGUUCUCUAACUAAGAAAAAAGUUAGCUUAUAUAAGCCCUAUCAUCUGCCAUCGGUUCCCAUCGUCACUUAACAGCUUUUAGAAAUACCUGCUCAAGAUUGAUUGAUUUUUCCAGUAUUUUAUUUUUAUCAUGCGUUGUAUGUUAUGAGUCAUAGAUUAAUAUAAUAAAAUUAAAUGUAUCAUUGUUCAUGUAUAAACUAUAAAAUAUAUUCGCUAUGUAUAAUGAACUUAAUAAACGUUAUAACACGUAA